UUGGUGGCCGCUGUCCAGCUGUGAUCCAGCAGGGAGGAGCGGCCGGCCCAGCGCGACCUGCUGUGUCCCGGGGCUGCGCCUGCAGUGCCAGCACGGCCGGGAACUGAGCAUCGCUGAGCAUCGGGCCCAGCUCGACCCCGCGUGAAGCUGGAACGACGCUCUGGCGAGAUGUGCGGUGCAAAGAGUAAAUCAUUGGCGUUUACUGGAGUGCUUCUCAGCUGCCUAGAAAUGAUAUUUUCUGCAAACACAGCUCCAGAUAUACCUGUUAUUGACCAAGCUUAUUCAAAACUUAGCAACAGUAUCACAGUGGAAUGGAGAGCAGUACCUGGGGCUACUAAUUACAUGCUGACUGCACAAGAUGGAGAUUCCUUUGUUGAAACUAUAGUAAAAAAUUCUCCAGGCACAGUGACAGGACUGAAGCCUGCCACCUUGUACCGAAUCACUGUCAGAUCUAUAAACUCAGGAGGAAAAAGCCAGCCUUCACCUUUCAGAAAAGUAAAAACAGUCCUGGCUGCUCCGAUCCUGUCUGUUCGUUCUCUGAGUUGUGACUCCAUUGCAGUGAGCUGGAAAGCUGUGCAUAUGGCAGCUGGAUUCUCCGUGUCACUUGUGAGAUCAGAUGGUUUGGGCAGAAUGCUGAAGCAGAACACCACCAACACCUCCUUGAUAUUUACAAAUCUAGAUCCAGGAACUCUCUAUACUAUCAAGGCUUAUGCCUGGAAUGCCAAUGGGAUGCCUGGAGAUGAUUUCACAUAUAACCAAAGAACAAGUCCUAAUGCACCAGUGGAUGUUAAAGUAGCUUUCAAUAGUGGUGCUUUAAGAGCUGCUGUCUCUUGGAUGCCAACAGAAGGAGCUGUAACUUACAGUGUCACAGUCUCCAGUGGACUCCUGGAACUGAGGUGUAACACAUCUUCUGCCUCCUGCAUGGUGCCAUCCCUCCAGUGCAGCUCUGAAUAUUAUGUGUCUGUCACAGCAUACAAUGAUGCUGGAUCCAGUGAACCUACGGAUGCAGUAAGCUUAAAAACGAUUCCUUGUGCACCAGUAAACAUAUCAAUUGAGGAGGAUGAACCUGGUCACUUGCUGGUGUCAUGGUCUAGUGUCAGUUUGGGUCAUUAUUAUGUGGUUUUUGUGAAGAGUGAUGAUGGCUUGGAAGUGCACUGCAACACAUCACGUACUCAAUGCCAUUUCCAGUCGGACUGUGGUUUCACGUAUUUCAUUAGUGUCUUUGCAUAUAACAAGGCAGGACAGAGCCCUUUAGGUGAUGUACUCAAUUACACUACUGCUCCUUGUUGCCCAAGUGACUUCAGAGCCGUGUUCAUAUCAAGCGACACGGUGCGGGUCACCUGGGCUCCCGUGCGGGGCGCUGACCUGUACGAGACCCGAGCGGCUGGCGGCAGCGCUGUGCUGCUCUGCAGGGACACGGCCACGGCCUGCACCCUGUCGGCUCUGCAGUGCAGCACCGCCUACACCAUCACCGUGUGCUCCAUCAGCGAGGCCCGCGGCAGCAGCGCCUCGUGUGCGCCCCAGUUUGUGACGACAGCUCCCUGCAGUCCUGAAAUUAAAAAUAUCUCAAAGGAGGGUCUAUCUGUAGUCAGUGUGCAGUGGCAACCUAACAAUGAAGAAGCUGUGUACAUUGUCACUGCCAGAGGAGAGGCUGGACUUUGGCAUUGCACAAGCACCAGGAAUUCCUGUACCCUAAUGGAUCUUCCCUGUGGAUCUGCUUUCUCUGUAAGUGCUAUAGCAAGAUCACCAGCAGGACAGAGCUUACCAAGCUACAGUAUCCCUUUAGAGACAGCUCCUUGUUGCCCUAAUGACCUGAUACUAACUCAAGUGACACAGUCGGUAACCAAUAUCAGCUGGUCUGUUGGGAGGGGUGCACAGACAUAUGUAACAACACUGGAGUCUCCAAAAGGACAGGCAAAGUGUCACACCCUUCAGACCUACUGUCUCCUGGGAUGUAUCACAUGUGGCACCAACUAUACAGUGUCUCUGAGAGCCAUCAGUGAGACGGGUUUGACUUCCAGCUGCACCUUUCAGGGAUAUUCUUCCAGUGCUUGCUGCCCUUCUGGGGUGAAGCUCUACAGACUCAGCAACACUGGCAUCAGGGUGUUCUGGCGAGCUUCUGAUGAAACAAUAAACUACAACGCUGAUUUACGGGGCUCAAAGGGAAAUUUCAGCUGUACCCCCAGCUCGGGUCUGAGUCACUGCGAUAUCACCAAGAUACCUUGUGGGGAUGUCUACACUGUGGUGGUAGCUCCAGUGACCAACAAGGGGCCAAAGCUCACAUUGUGUCCUAAGAAAAUAUAUUCAGUCACCUGUUCUGGAAGCUCUGUUGGAAUGGUUAUUUAUAGAGGAAAGAGCAAUGCAAAACACAUCUAGAUGAAAUUCUGGUUCAGCUAAGGAGCUGGAAAGACACAUCUGUGCUCAAGUGCAACAUUCACAGCUGCUCGAGGACUGGGAGCAGGAAAGCUGAACACCUCGCCCUAUCUCAGACCUAAUCCAGGCAGGACCUUCUCUCACACUCCACAGUAGUUACUUUUUCAGCCAACUUUGAAAGCAAGGUUUAAGGUCAAUGGUUCUACAAACACUUUAACAGAGUCUUUGGAAACUCAUGUGUACAAAAGUAUCCAAAGACAACAGGGUUUCUAGCACUAUUUUCAGCUUAUAAAAACAGACACUACCCAUUGUGGAAAUUGCCUUUGUUCAGCGAACACAUUAGGUGUUAAGUGUCUCAGCCAAUGCUUCAGAUCAUUUGUGCAAAAUCUCAAGGGAACCUAACACUUCAGUAAGUUGCUUGUAGAAUUGUAUGCUGCUUCUUAAAACAUGAUCUUCAUUUAGUCAACAUCAAACAAGUCUUCCUUUAGGAAACAUUAUUUAAAACUGCUCUGCAUUAGUUAAUAGAAAGUUGGUUUUAUUUGUUACUUAAUAAAAAAAAAUAAACCCUUCUUUCUUGAAGGUUCUAUAUCAUUAUUUCUUCUUUGCAAAUAUCAUUGCCAAACACAUUGUCACCACAGUGUAAGUGUUUACCUGGGUUUUUAGAGAUCUAAAGCAAUUGGUUUCUCUUGGAACAAAAUUCAAGCCCUGAACUACUUCUUUUCACCUGAGCAAUU